CUGGUUCUUGAAAUCCCCACAGUUGCGAAAACGGGAAGGGAGCAGCAGAACCGUUCAAUGAUUCUGUCGUCCUCAUAGCAACAAACCAACGGAGACUGACCACCGAUGACACACAUUUUGUCAAGAUAACCUUUACGGAUCGUCAGCAUAUUUCAAGAAAAUGAUUCCAGAGUUGUCCAACCCCUCGGUGUGUAUGAGGGACCCUCAGAGGGUGCAGGAGAUCCUUCAGUCCAUGCAGAAGGCAGGGUCCAACACGUUACAGGUCAUCUCAGAUUUUGACAUGACCCUAACAAGAUUUGCAUAUAAUGGGAAAAGAUGCCCCACAUGUCAUAAUAUUCUUGACAAUAGCAAACUUAUCUCUGAUGAAUGCAGAGAAAAGCUGAAGGAUCUGCUCAACACAUACUACCCUAUAGAGAUCGACUCUUCACGGUCAGUAGAUGAGAAGCUGCCCCUUAUGGUGGAGUGGUGGACUAAAGCUCAUGAACUACUGGUACAGCAGCGGAUCAGGAAAGAUCUGCUGGCCACGGUGGUGCGGGAGUCUGAUGCAAUGCUGAGGGAGGGCUACCAGCUGUUCUUCGACCACCUGUAUGAGCACAGCAUCCCUCUGCUCAUCUUCUCUGCUGGAAUAGGAGACAUCCUGGAGGAGGUGAUUCGCCAGGCUGGGGUCUUCCACCCCAACGUCAAAGUCUUCUCCAACUACAUGGACUUUGAUGAGUCUGGAGUGUUGAAGGCUUUCAAGGGAGAGCUGAUCCACAUCUACAAUAAGAGGGAAGGUGCCCUGCUCAACACGGGUCAUUUCCAGGAGCUGCGGACGCGGCCCAACGUGCUGCUGUUGGGAGACUCUUUGGGAGAUCUGACCAUGGCGGACGGGGUGCAGGACAUAGAGAACAUCCUCAAGAUCGGGUUCCUCAAUGACAAGGUGGAGGAGAGGAAGCAGUCUUACUUGGACUCAUAUGACAUUGUGUUGGUAAAGGAUGAGACUUUGGAAGUCUCAAACGCUAUACUGCUCUACCUCACUGGUAACAAGUGAACUGAGAAUGUUUUUUUGUUUUUUUUUACUACUGGUCAUUUAGUAUUGGACACUCCAGUGCCAUCAGCUGAGGAGGCUCCUGCUCAGAAUGUGCCAGAUGGAGGUUGAGAAUUCAUUUUUUUUUUAAUAAUUUGACUAAAAGGUUUUUAUUUUGUGUGCAUGAGUCCCUGUUACACACAUAUUGUUUUGCCAGACUGUUCACAAGUCCAGUUUACAGCCACAGGUCACGUCCACCACUCAACCCUUUUUAUAUCAUCGUCAACAGGUCUCCUCUAAUGGUUAUGGGUAAAAAAACUGCUUUUGGAUCACACUGUAUAUGGUGGAAGUCAGAUUUGCACUGUGUACCUACUGUGCAACAUGUAAAGUGUGUGUAUGUGGUUAUGGGUGUUUUUUUUUGUUUUGUUUCGGGAAUGGUUGGUUUUGUUACAGUUCUUUCAUACAGAAUGUAAUGAUAAAGGGAAGGAAAAAAACGCACAACAUAAAUGGCAGCACAAGAUUUGGUAUUUGGUCACAAACUGAUCUCCAGCCUCUUGCAAUAAAACCUCUUUCAGGAACAUUUUAACUGGAAACUUGAAA